CCUGUUGGUAUUUGUAGAGGUUCUGUGAGUCAAAGCUUUGAAGAAAAGAAGUUUGUCGAUAUAAAUUGUGACUUCUUUCAAUCACAGAAAAACAAAUCCACGCACUCACCCUCCAAAGAUGUGCUAAGUGGAUCUGUCCAGUACCUUCCUGAGCUGGAUGAUGAAGAAUCUCAGGAAACGGAUCCUGCUGAGGCCUUCCCUGUGCACCUGGAUCUAACCACAAAUCCCCAGGGAGAACCCCUCAAUGUUUCCUUCCUCUUCUAUGGGCCUAUGAUUAAGAAGCUGUUUGUCCUACCUUUCCCCAAAGAAGAACAACGCUUUGCUGAGUGUCCUGGAAACGCCUCCAUGAGCAACCCUAUUGUUCUCCCACCAUGAGAACCACAUAGAGGAUUCCAUGGGGAUGUGGUGCCCUGCAGGAGAUGAGAGGUAGUGGGGAAGGGAGACAGAGAGACAGAGGAUUUGAACAUAGAGAAUAGCUAAUAAAGUGUGUCUUU